AUGAGUAACUCAGACGAUAUAGAGUUCUCAUUGAGACCGCUUCGUAUCCUGAAGCGCUCGGAUCUGUCCACCAACAAGUCGCAAUUGCAUUCGGCUUCUUCAGACACCACCAGACCUCGCUCAGACUCCCUGAUUGCACUCUCUACAAAGUCAUUGUCUCAUUCCUCGAACGUCCCACAAGCUCUGUCAGAUGAGUUUGUUUGUCGCCCUAUGAGGCUAGGGCUGGGAGCUGCUCGCCCAAUUUCCUCAGAAAGUCAUGACCAUAGCAGUCAUCAGGGUCUUACCUUCGUUACUGAGACUGAUCUGGUUUCUUCCCACGGCUCCCAACCUUCCACUCCUCGAAGAAACUCAAAAUCGUCUAGGAGACUGUCUGUGCAUGUGAGGAGCUUGCCAAUUGUUCAGUCCCCGAAGCGGAAAACAGAGACGGAUCUCUCCAAGCUUGAUGACAUGAUCUUCGCCUUGUGUCUCGUCGAUUUCCAUCAUGUGAGAGGUCCAGAGGUCCAAUGGUGGAAAUCAAACUAUCAUGCUGACUAUAAUUUGCACGGAAAGCUAUUCAAGAACUUAUCUUUUCAGGCCCUCCCCGACGGAUCUCACUUGUUCGAGGAGACAUUUUCUAAUUUCAACCUCGUUUAUGACUUUGCCAAUGCUGUUUCUCUAGACGACCAGCUAGAUUUCGAACAGUUCACAGGAAACCCAAAUCAUCUCGAAACGCUCUUUGGGUGCUCAUGCGUGCGUCAAGUGAAGACCACGGAUCUCUCCAGUGAGGAAUUGGAGAGAAAUAAAGAUAUCACUCGUUCAAUUGUACAGAAGGCAGUUGUUGUAAUUUCACGAAAGCAACCUAUAUUUACAAAAAUAAAAGAAAAGCUUUCGAUAAUUACACAUUCAUAUUUCCAACAAACUAAUUUCACAAAUACUGAGUUGUUGGAGAAGCUCUUUGAUAACCUCAAUGGAACUUUCAAAUUGAUCGAGGAAGAGCCAAUGUUGAAACAGCAAAUACCGGAGGAAAUUACUCUUUUGGAAAAUAAGAAGAACGAGAAAGAGGAUGAAUUCUUCGUAAACUUGAACCUUCGAAGCAUACUUUCGAAUUACAAGUCAAGUAUCUUAAUAAUUUUGAAGGCACUCUUGUUAGAGCAACGAGUGCUCGUUUACUCGAACAAUAACCUCGAGCUCCUCACUCAGUUUCAAAACAAUUUGAUAGCACUAAUACCCGAUUUACAUCACCACCUCGAUCUUUCGGGGUGCCCCUUGAGCGACUAUACCGAAAAGCAUUCUCCCCUAACCAGACCAACUUCCUUAAAGACCAAUGACAGACGCUCUAUGGUUAGAUUUUUUGGCCUUCCGCUUCAUGUUUUCAACACAAAAGGCUCAUUUUGGAAUCCGUACUUACCAUUGCAGCAGUUUGAUGAGCUUCACUCCGAGUCCUUCAUGGUUGGAUGCUCCAACCUUUUGAUUCUAAAUCAGGCAAGCCAACAUAAAAUUAACGUAGUUGUCAACCUUGACUCUUGCCAGCUAUCAUAUCCCACAGGGAAACCUGAAGCACUUCUGCUUUCACAUUAUGACAAAAGAUUUAUUCAAAGUCUUUUACAUUCGAGCAGCAAUGAGGAUGCCUUUGAAGGAAGUGACGAUUACAUCAGGUACCAAUUUGAGGACUACAUUAGGAGUCUUUUGGCGACAACAAGAUUUUACCAAUACAUGGAGAGGUUUAAGUCUCCGCCGCCAGGGUUUGACGUCAAUGCAAACAAGCACUACGGUAAUUUGAAAGCAUUUAACGAUUCAUUUGUCGACGCAUGGUUCAAAACAAAAAAUUUCAAGAUCUGGGAUUCGUUGUGUGACGACUUCAUUUUCAACUUCCAUGACCCACUCCACAUUGCCAUAGGAUCGAAGGAAACUACGCAAUCGGCUUUUGGCAAUUUCUUCGCUAAUUUCAACAAACAGCAGCAGCCGACUUUAGUUGAGAGGGCCAACGAAUACUUCUCGCACUCAAAAAAGCCUCAGAAGUUCAUCCCCAAGGAGGAGCAAGCAACUGAAGUAAAAGAUGAGUCUCACUCACUGGGAUCCACCAAGAAAUUUACUUGGGGUUGGGGAGCUCUGAAGAGUUAG